CCAGGCCAUGCGACAUCAGAGCGUAGCAGCUACAAUAUGAGCAUAACUCCAACCACCACCUUGGACAGCCAGCUGACCUCUUCCUGGGGCCCUACUAACUCUUACCCUGAUGUUCCUGCAGUGAUGCCUGGUUACACAAGCCACCUGUGGCCUCAUGACACCCCCCCUCAGCUCUGGAGUAAAUAUCAGGUGUGGGAGUGGCUGCAGCAAAUCAUGGACAUACACCAGAUAGAUGCUUCCAGCAUUCCCUUCCAAAACUUUGACAUGGAUGGCCAUCAGCUCUGCAGUCUGAGCUACCAGGACUUCAUCCAUGCUGCUGGCAGUGUGGGGCCCAUUCUCUUCCACAGCAUCACAGAGCUCAAGUGGAGCGGACAGUACCAUGUGGAAUUAGAGCAACUGGAACUCAAACCAGAGUUAGAUUUCUCCUGUUCAUUUCCAGAUGCCAGCUACCCACCUGGAGAGAUCUAUGAUCCUCCCAUUCACUCCUUUACACCUGCACCUGACUCUCCCUCUAGUUCCAGUGCUGACAUUAAAAGGUCUUACAGUCGUUCUCAUCAGGUCAAAAAACACAACAGGGGGACCCACUUGUGGGAGUUCAUCAGGGACAUUCUACUGAACCCAGAGCGAAACCCAGGACUCAUCAAGUGGGAGGAUCGCAAAGAGGGGGUUUUCCGCUUUCUAAAGUCGGAGGCUGUGGCACAGUUGUGGGGCAAGAAGAAGAAUAAUAGCAGCAUGACCUAUGAGAAACUUAGUCGGGCAAUGAGAUAUUACUACAAACGGGACAUCCUCGAGCGAGUAGAUGGACGGAGACUUGUUUACAAGUUUGGAAAGAAUGCAAGAGGAUGGAGGGAAUCUGAGAAGUGA